AUGGAUGCUCAAGAGCUUAAGAACUAUCUCGCCGAUUCACCCCCGAGUGUCGUUAGGCUCGAGAUAGAAAAACAUUUCGAUGCUUUAAAUGACAAGCAGAAGAGAUACGCCCACUUCAUUUCUAGAGCCUCGUUCCAUGGCACUAGAAUUGUGGCGAGACAGAUCUCCCCUGAAUCUGAACCAAUAUUCGACUUCAUCUUGGCCCUCCACAAGACCUGUGGUGGCGACUGGAAGGCGUUACAAGCCAAGGCUGGUAUAUCGGACGAAGAUCUUGGCAAUUUCUUGCAAUAUGCAGCGCAAUUCCUAGGGAACAAUGGUAACUACAAAAGUUUUGGUGAUGCCAAAUUCAUCCCACGGGGCCCCGAAUCCGCCUUUACCGCGCUUGCGGCGGCGUCUCCGGAGGCACAGAAGUUUUACGAUGCCACUUCUGGUGCCAUAUUCUCCGCCAACAAGCCAGCCUUGCUGCACCUAGGUUACCCAGAACAGGGACACAUGACCACUUACUACCCUGGAUCGUCGGACAUCACGAAGGCAGAAAUCGAUUUUAUUUCAUCAUGGAUGGAGAAGAAAGGACUGCUUCCCGAAAAUACUCGUCUCAUUAAAAAUAAGAAUGGCUCGUUCGAGAUUUUGAUCGCGUCGGCAAAGCGCACAGUUCCCAGUGAAGGUGGCGAUAUUGGAAAAGAAACGACGUUCAAGAUCGAGACCGGUGACUUAACGGGGAAGACUAUUACUCUGGUGUAUGGUGAUUACUCCAAGGAGUUGGAAGCUAUUACAGCAAAUGCUAAAAAAGCGGCGGAAAAUGCCGACAAUGAGAACCAGCAGAAAAUGUUUACUUCCUACGCGAAAUCCUUUGAGGAAGGGUCGCUACUUGCUUUCAAGGACAGCCAAAGAUUCUGGAUUCGAGACAAGGGCCCGAUGGUCGAGUGUAAUGUUGGCUUCAUCGAAACGUACCGCGACCCUGCUGGUAUUCGAGCUGAAUGGGAAGGCUUUGCUGCUGUCGUGAACCUAGAUCGGACACGGGCUUUCGGGGCGUUGGUUGAAGCUGCUCCUACUCUGAUUCCUCAUCUACCAUGGGGCAAAGACUUUGAAAAGGAUACCUUCUUGUCCCCGGAUUUCACUUCUCUUGAGGUUUUGACAUUCGCUGGAUCUGGUAUACCCAUUGGCAUCAAUAUCCCUAACUACGAUGAUAUUAGACAAGGCGAAGGCUUCAAAAAUGUGUCACUCGGUAAUGUGAUGGGUGCAAAGUCACCGAAUGAGAAAGUUCCGUUCGUUGCCGAGAAAGACCUAGGGGUUUAUAGGAAGUACCGCGACGGCUCCUUAGAAGUUCAAGUUGGUCUCCACGAGUUGACAGGCCACGGGUGUGGUAAGCUACUGCAGGAGAAAUCCCCGGGAGAGUUCAACUUCGACCACAAGAACCCGCCCAUUUCUCCGUUAACUGGGAAACCCAUCACGACUUGGUAUGAGCCCGGUCAGACAUGGGGUUCCGUUUUCGGUAGCUUAGCCGGUGCUUACGAAGAGUGCCGUGCAGAGCUUGUUGCCAUGUAUCUCAGCUGUGAAUUCCCCGUCUUGAAGAUCUUCGGUUUCGGAGACGGCUCAAUCGAUAUCAAUGGCGAGGCGGGCGACGUGCUCUAUGCUUCCUAUUUGUCUAUGGCUCGAGCCGGUCUCACAUCGCUGGAGAUGUGGGAUCCCAAGAGCCGAAAAUGGGGUCAAGCGCACUCGCAAGCUCGAUUUUCGAUUCUCAAGUGCUUCCUCGAAGCCGAGGAUGAUUUCUGCAAACUGGAUUAUAAAGGAGACGACAUAAGCAACUUAACGAUUAGUCUAGACCGUUCGAAGAUCCUCACGGCGGGCCGGAAAGCAGUAGGUGACUAUCUUCGGAAAUUGCACAUAUACAAAUCUACCGCCGACAUCGAAAACGGAGCGAAGUUCUUCGGCGACAUGACAAAUGUUGACCCGGACUUCUGGGGCACCAAGGUUAGGAAUGAAGUUUUACGCAACAAGCAACCCCGGAAAGUGUUCGUCCAGACCAACACCAACUUGGACGAGGCGACUGGCAAGGUUACGAUAAAACACUACGACGCAACUCCCGAGGGCAUGAUCCAGAGUUGGGCGGAGAGACACGUCUGA